GGCAAUUUUUUAGUGCCUCAAGUACGAGUGGAUCUUUGGACUUGGUGUUUGUUAAAAAUCGAAACGAAAUUUCUAAUACGAUAAGCCGCCGAUUACAAUCGAAUCAUGGCUGAGGAGGAAAUGAAAAUAAACGAAGUCGAUGACUUCUUUGACUUGCACUACUUCGCGUUGAAUAAAAAAUUUCAAAUUAUCACAGGUUUGUGGCCACUGGAAACUGGAUAUUUGAAGUACCUUAAGCAAGGCGCAAUGGCUUCGGUUAUAAUCUGGAACUUGAUCUUGUUUAGUCACGCAUUAGGUACAUUUUGCGGCACUAACAUGGAUUACUGCUGCGAAAACAUGAUUGCGUUUGUUUACUCGACAUCGGCGAUUUUCAAAUUAAUUGGCAUAUCGACCACCGGAGCCAAGUUUACAGUAAUUUACAGGAUGAUCGCCAGAAACUGGCGCAAUACGACCGAUAAGGUUGAACGCUCGAUACUGGAAAAAUAUGCCCUAAUCUCGAAAAGAUUGUCUUUGAUAUACAUUAUUGCGUUUUCGUGUAUCGCCACAAUCGUCACCCAGCUUCCUUUCAUCCCUCUUCUACUGAACGUUAUAAUGCCGCUGAACGAGUCUCGAGAGGCAAUCAUUGUCAUCAACACGGAUUACAGCAUCACGCCUUACACGAAGUCCGGCCAUCUGUGGGUGCAUUAUAGUUUAACGGGGACGACCACCGCAGCGGUCUUCAUUGCCACCGACGCGACCUUCUUGCUCGUCGUUUUCCAGAUACUCGCGAUCUUCGAGGUCGUCAAGCAGAGAAUCCGUCAAGCGGUUUUGGUUGCACAGGAAAGUUCUGAACAAAAGUCAUAUGGAAUUUUGAUAAAGGCUGUGCAAUUGCACAAGGAUGCUAUACAGUUUUUACAAUUGACCGAUGAGGCGAAUAGUUUGCAAUUUUUUGCCGGACUGGGCGGUACCAUUUUUAUGAUUAGUUUCGGCUCAAUAGCGUUGUUGAUUCGCAUGGACGCUUAUGCAGAUUUGUUCCGAGUAGUAAUACUUACCAUGGGUUAUCUUUUUCAAUUAUUUAUUUUAUGUUUGCUUGGUGAGCUCGUAAUAAAUGCCAGCACCGAGUUAUUUAACUUUCCGAUGCUAACCGAUUGGCAUGUUUUACCCAUUAAAUCCAAAAAAUUGAUCCUGUUUUUCAUGGGGAGAACCAUUCGACCUAGUUAUUACACAGCAGGUGGAUUGUACAUUAUGAAUGUUCAAAACUUCGCCUCGAUAAUCAAAACAGCCGUAUCCUACAUCGCCGUCGUAUUACAGUUUCGUUGAUCUGGGAUUCAACUUUAUGGGCUAUUUUAAUAAAUGUUCGAUAUUUUUCUGUAUUUUUUCUGC